GGCUCCAUGAGGUAAGCAGUAGGGGAGGAGUAGAAGUAUUGUAGUGCUGGUGGUGGUACCUGCGUGUCUACCAUCUCGCAAGAAAUGUUUUUGCUACUGAUGAUGAUGAUGUGGAUGGAGGUGACGGCUAUUCCCUCCUCUUCAUCCCCCUCCCUGAGCUCCUCCAGGCAAAACAGCCACGAAAGCUUAGACAUGAGGAGAUUACUGUGUCUCUUGGUGAAGAGAGUGGAAGGGCGUGACGGGAGCACCUGCGAGUCUUAUCCUCCUCUUUGCACCUGCGUCCCAGCGUGGCAGUGCAGGGACGAGGGCGCCGCUGAGGAGGCGUCGGGCAACAUCCUAUCCCUCAUCGUCUUGAAAAACAUCAGGUGCGGCGUCACUGAGGAGGUGUGCUGCGUCCAAGUUGAUGAGAACGCCCCGCCCUCCACGCCGCCGCUCGUCACUCCUUCCUGCGGCCAGAGGAACCUACUGGGCGUGGGGAGCACCUUUGAGGGCUUAGAGGAACAGCAGAGCCAGUAUGGGGAGUUCCCGUGGACAGCCGUCGUGUUCACGGAGCAUCUCUUGGAUGGCUUCAGCUUCCAGAUCUUCACAGCCGGCGGGUCUUUGGUACACAAACGGCUCGUGCUAACCGUGGCCCAUGCAGUGCAGGGUUUCUCCGCCGACCAGCUAAACGUGCGCCUUGGGGAGUGGAACACAGAGACAGAGACCGAGGCGAUCCCCCACCAGGACCUGGAAGUAGUGGAGGUGCUGCUCCACCCUGAUUACAGCGGUGGUCCCCGCCAUCACUACGAUGUGGCCCUGUUGGUGUUGAAGCAGCCAGUAGUCCUCGGCACCACCGUCAGCACCGUGUGCCUUCCCGCCGGCGAGGAGGACUACCUGCCUGACGGGUGUGUUAUGUCAGGUUGGGGCAAGAAGAAUUUUGACGAUUCCAGCAAAUUUCAGGAGGUGAUGAAGGCCGUGGAGAUGCCUCUGGUGCAACAUGACGUCUGCCAAGCGGCACUGCAGGAGACGCGGCUGGGGCCAGGCUUCUUGCUGCACGACUCUUUCCUGUGUGCCGGGGGACAGAAGGAAGGUCAGGACUCCUGCACGGGAGAUGGCGGCUCACCGCUGGUGUGUCCCUUGAGAAGCGACCCUUCUCGCUACGUGCAGGUGGGCGUGGUGGCGAUGGGCGUGGGAUGCGGUCAAAUGGGCGUACCUGGCGUGUAUGCCGAUGUGCUCAAUGCUCAGCCCUGGAUCAAUGAAGUCAUCGCUACGAAAUUUAGCGGCUCUGAAAAUAAAAUAAAAGGCAUAUGGCAGAUAGAGCUACACUUGCGAAAUCAAGGAUCACAUCUACCCUUGUUGAUGAAAUAGCAGUAGAAGAAGUAGCAGUAAUAGUUAAUAGUUGUAGCAGUAGUAGUAGUAGCAGUAACAGUAGAAUUAUGUUACAAUACAAGCUAUGCAUUUAAUAGCAUGGCAGCAAAUCAUGUAUUAUUAUUGAUGUCUACGAAAGAACAAAUAUACGUAACAUUCUAGAUACACAAUCUAACAUUACAAUUACUGCUCUUCUCUGCCUUACCUUUCCUCCCAUACAUGGAUUAUAAAAAACCCUACACACACACACACACACACACACACACACACACACACACACACACACACACACACACACACACACACACACACACACACACACACACACACACACACACACACACACACACACACACACACACACACACACUCACACUGGAAAACUCUAGAACUUCCUGCCUGGUUCUGUAUUUCCGUCUUCCCGUGACUUGACUUCUUUUGAGAGGGAGGUUUCAAGACAUUUUUUUUCCUUAAUUUUUGGCUAAUUCUUUACUAUUCUUUAAGGGAACUAGCAUUUUAGGAGAGCCCUUUUUUUAAUAUUUUGUUGCCCUUGGCUGGUUUCCCUCCUGCAUAAAACACACACACACACACACACACACACACACACACACACACACGUUCCGAGCACCACUGACAAAGCUAUAUUGGAAAUGCUACAGAAGUCAAGGAAUACAACUCGUGUGAAUAAGACAACAAAA